AUGAUUCCCAGACGGAGCCUGGCCACGGUGACCAGGUAUCCUGGCAUCGUGCGAUCAACGGUUUCACUCAGACAACCUCUCCUCGGCGCCGUUGCUUGGCGCAAAAGCGGUCAUGUUUUCCCUCGCAGACUUGCAGACCGGGCUUGGGAGAGUACGGCUGCUCCUCCCACGCCCCCUGCGACCCCAUUUCCGUCCUCGCCCGCCUCUGAGCCAGCUUCAUCUUCAUCGUCGUCAUCUGCAAACAAGGAACAAGAGACGGGCCAUUUCGAUGUAAAGCCCAAUGAGUCGCUGUUCUUUUUCGAGAACAUCUUCCCUAGGAAGCUGAGCUCUCUUUUGCGAUAUCCCACGGAAACUGAUGGCGACAUGACGGCAUUGCUGCGCCGCUUCUACAGCGCGUCUGGCAGCGGCGGCAGCCUGGACCCAAUUGCUUUUGUAAAGAGGGCUAUUCCUGAGGACAUGCCUGUCAAGGUGACGGAGAUUCUGCCACGCUUGAAAGACGGAGGUGCAUUUGUCAAGGUCCAAUAUGACGCGAGCAUCAGUCCAUCAGAAAUUGAAUCAACGCUUUUGGAAAAGCUGGAGCAGCAUCCGUUGAAGCCAUGGUUUAGCCCCUUUCGGGGAAUCAAGGCCCGUCUCGUCAAAGGCACCCCGUGGCUCGAAGAUUUGUAUCGAUUUCCUUCGAGUUUGGUCAAGGUCGAAUUUGUACCUCCGGAGCCUGGCGCGGCGGCCGAGGAGCUGUCCGAGGAGAACCUGUAUAGCAUGUUUCGCCGCUAUGGCAAGAUUGCCGAUAUUCUUCCUCAGCCUUUUGAUUCCAAGGUUGUGCCAAAAUACGCCCAAAUUGGCUUCCCCAGAUUGAGCGAUGCCAUCAUGGCCCGAAACUGUAUGCAUGGAUUCGUCGUCACCGAGUCCAUGGGCGGUGGCAAGACGGGAACCCUACUCCGACUGUCGUACGUCAAAAAGGUCAAGGCGCACAGCAUAUGGAACUGGCUGACAAGCCACCCGCGUAUCGUUAUCCCCAUUCUUGCUGCCAUACUGGCUGGUGCUUCAGUCAUGAUUUUCGACCCCAUUCGUACCUUUUUCAUCAAGCUCCAUGUCUCACACUCGUUGAGGUUCACCGAAUCGCGACUGUACAAAUGGUUCAAGUCUCAAACAGACAGCCUUUCCUUCAAAAGCAGCAGGCACAUGGACGGCUUGAAUACGGUAUGGAACCAUCGACGCGAUGUCAUUGACCAGCUUCAAAAUUGGCUCGAUGGUAGCACUUUUAUAGUCAUUACGGGCCCCAGAGGAUCGGGCAAAAGCGAAAUGGUCAUGGAUCAAGCCUUAGCCGGGCGCAAGAAUGUCCUCCUCGUGGACUGCAAGCCCAUUGUGGAUGCCAGCGGCGAGGCUGGUACCAUCAAGCGACUGGCGGGAGCGGUUGGGUUUCGGCCCGUCUUUUCAUGGGCAAACAGCAUCAGCAGCUUGAUCGACUUGGCUGUGCAGAGCACCACCGGCGUCAAGGCAGGCUUCUCCGAAACCUUGGACACCCAAGUCAGCAAAAUCCUGCAUACCACGACGGGCGCGCUCAAGCAGAUUGGGCUGUCGUCCCGAUCCAAGCACGACAAGGACGCGCAGUUGUCUGAAGACGCAUAUCUGGAAGCCCACCCCGAAAACAGACCAGUCAUUGUCAUUGACAACUAUCUGCACAAGAAUGAGGAGAUAACGAUUGUGUAUGACAAGAUUGCCGACUGGGCAGCCUCCCUUGUCCAGAACAACAUUGCCCACGUCAUCUUCCUCACCUCGGACUCUUCCUACUCCAAGCCGCUCUCGAGGGCAAUGCCUGACCGCGUUUUCCGCACGCUGUCGCUGGGGGACCUGGAACACAAGGUGGCCAAGAACUUUGUCACCAGCAGACUUGCCGAAGACAAUCCCGAGAGUGCAAAAGCAUCUGUCGAGGACGGAAAAAAGACGGCCAAGCACAUGGACCUCACAGGCUUGGACGAGUGCAUUGAAACCCUCGGCGGCCGCCUGACAGACCUGGAAUUCCUGUCAAGACGCAUCAAAGCUGGCCAGACGCCACGCCAAGCCGUCGACGAAAUUGUCGGCGAGACGGCCACCGACAUUGUCAAGAUCUUCCUCAUGGGCAAGACGACCGAGUCGGACAAGAAGUGGUCCGCCGAACAGGCAUGGCACCUGAUCAAGUCGCUCGCCGAUGCCCCGUCCCUGCGCUACCACCAAGUGCUCCUCUCACCGGCCUUUGCCUCGUCGACGUCGAGCAACGCCGCCGACGGCGAGGCCGCGCUCGAAGCGCUCGCCAGCGCAGAGCUCAUCGCCCUCAAGUCGCACCAGGGCCGCCCCAAGCUCAUCAGCGCCGGCAAACCCCUCCACCAAGCUGCCUUUUCCGUCCUCGUCGGAGACCGCGUCCUCAAGGCCAAGAUGGACAUGGCCAUCAUGAAGGAAAUGGCCAAGACAGAAGCCAAGACCAUUGACGCCGUGGAGACGGAGCUCUCCUUGCUGGGACAGCUGCCGAGACAAACGCUCGAGACGGCCGGCCGGGUGACGUACCUGCUAGAGAAGCUGGACGCCAGCCAGCGCAAGAUAGACGACUUGGAGAAGCAGAUGGUUGGACUGAAGAAGGUACUCGUGGAGGAGUACUAG